AUGAAGUUUCUGGCAGCAUUGGUCGUGAUGGGCGUGGUCUCCGCGGGUCGCUUAGAACAUCUCACGCAGCAGGGGGGCUUCGGCGGCUCCGGAACACCUUUCCAUUACGAGAAUGUCAACAAUGGUGACGGGAGUUAUCACUAUAGCUACGACACUCCUACCGGCAUAUCGGCGCACGAAAGCGGGGCACCGAGGGCACCCGGCCCCGAAGGGCCAGCCGUGACCGCCGAGGGCGGCUUCUCUUUUCGCACCGUCGACGGGCAACAGAUCUCGCUCACGUACACAGCAGACGAGAACGGCUUCCACCCCGUCGGCUCCCACCUGCCGACACCGCCGCCGAUCCCCGAAGCGAUACUGCGCUCCAUCGAGUAUAAUAGACAGCACCCUUCCUCUGACGACGGCUCCAAUGGCGGUCGCAAUGCCUACCGAUAC